AUGGCAAACCCAGAUGUCCAACACGCCGCGUUGAAUGCUACUUUCAAAGGCAUUUUACGAGAGGAACAGGGCACACCGAUUCAUCAAUUUCUCGGAGUCAAAUACGCAAGUGUGCCUGCGAGGUUUGAGAAAGCAGAGCCGGUAGACGGUUUCGAAGGUGCAAUUGUUGAUGCUACUAAAUACGGUCCGAGAUGUCCCCAGGUCGAUGUAGAUGUUCGCCAUCUACUUCGAAUCCCCGAGGACUUUGCGAUUGGCCCAGAGGCGGAGGAUGAAUUUGAAUGUUUGAAUCUUGAAAUCACCAGUCCACCGGCAUCAUCGACUGCCGAGCCACUUCCAGUUCUUGUCUGGAUUCACGGAGGCUCUCAGAUAGUCACAUUCUGUUCGGCUGCUUCCAAAAUCUGCGACCCCAUCAAACUCGUGGCGGAUUCUGUCAAAGCUGGAAAGCCAAUGAUAUUUGUCUCUAUCAACUAUCGCUUGAAUAUAUUCAGCUUUGGCGACGGCAACGAGAAGAAUCUUGCGCUUAAGGAUCAGCGACUUGGAAUUGACUGGGUGCGAAAGAACAUCGCAUCGUUCGGAGGUGAUCCAAACAACAUCACCUUGUCCGGUGAAAGUGCCGGGGCUAUCUAUACUCAUGCACACCUAAUCACGGGCCCGCCUGUGAAACGGGCUGUGCUAGCAUCAGGUACCCUGUAUCUCUCCUCGCCACUGCCGGUAGAGCGUGGUAAUGGCCUUAUUCAAACACUGGAGACAAAAGUGAAAGCACUAGGCCAGUCUUCACUCAGAACAUCCUCCGUCCCAGUCCUCAUUCAAGCUCUCAAGGAAUGCAAUGUGAACACUAUGUGGAUCCAAGAAGAACCCGAAUUGUCAGAUUGGGAAACGAAGCCGGAACAGGUGGAAGAGCUUAUGAUUGGAGAUACUGAAUAUGAGUCGGUCAUCUGGCGCAAUGGUGUUGAGGAGCUAGAUGGAGAAACCAUCGCUGCAGCAUUUGAGAGCGACAAGGAAUGGGGUGCAAAGUUUCGCAAGAUGUACCAUGUGGUUAGCGACCGUCCAACCGCCGCAAAAUUAGGCGCUCUGGAUAUUGUCAAUGAUGCACGCUACACACUCCCCGUGGAGGUCAUCUCGAAAAAAUUGGAGGCUGCUAAUAAGCGUGUGUAUAAGUACGUGGUUGAUCAAGCAAACCCAUAUCAGCCUUCCAGUCGCGCCCAUCAUGCAGUGGAUCUACUUUUCUUGUUCGAUGGCGUGGAUCUGUCUUUUAACACGGCCGCAACUGAAGUCGGCCAGGCGAUGCGACAGCGUUGGAUCAGCUUUGUUUCUGGGCAGGCACCUUGGUCUGCGAAUAGCCGGUUCGCAUUUGGACCAGUCGGUGAGUGCAAGGAGAUCAAUGAGGCUCAGUUCGCUGCCCGACGCCGGGUUGAGCAUUGUAAAGCGCUUCAGGAGGCUGGGGCCGGUGUGUACAUGCCCAUUCUGUUUGCACUCACGGCUGGGCGCAUCAAUUUACUCAAUUAG